AUGGCGCUCAAGGAAUUUGAAUACAAAGAGAAACCAGACACUUUAGUCCUAUUUGACGUUGACGGCACAUUGACGCCUGCGAGAUUGACCGUCUCCAAGGAAGUCAGAGAAACUUUAGAAAAAUUGAGAAAGAAAUGUGUGAUUGGGUUUGUUGGUGGUUCAGACCUCAGCAAACAGCUUGAACAAUUGGGCCCUAACGUUUUGAAUGAAUUUGACUACGCCUUCUCUGAGAACGGUUUGACCGCUUACAGAUUGGGUGAAAAGCUAGCUUCGCAAUCGUUCAUCAACUGGAUUGGUGAAGAAGAGUACAACAAAUUGGCCGUUUUCGUUUUGAAAUACUUGUCGUCGAUCGAAUUGCCAAAGAGAAGAGGUACUUUCCUUGAGUUCAGAAACGGUAUGGUCAACAUCUCGCCAAUUGGAAGAAACGCCUCGACCGAAGAACGUAACGAGUUUGAGAGAUACGACAAGGAACACCAAGUCAGAGCCAAGUUCGUCAACGCUUUGAAGAAGGAGUUUUCUCAUUUGAAGCUAACUUACUCCAUCGGUGGUCAAAUCUCGUUUGACGUGUUCCCAACCGGCUGGGACAAGACCUACUGUUUGCAACACGUUGAGGCGGAUGGAUACAAGGAGAUUCACUUUUUCGGUGACAAGACUAUGGAAGGUGGUAACGACUACGAGAUCUACACCGACUCCAGGACCAUUGGUCACUCCGUGCAAUGUCCAGACGACACCGUGAAAAUCUUGAAGGAACUCUUUAACUUGUAA